CCUCCACAUUUUGAGGGCGGUGCCUACCUACUAGCUGCCGGGGUAGGCUGGGCUGUUGUUGUUUGUGGAGGAAAAGUACUUUUUUAAAAAAAAGUGCAACAAACUACUCUUCCAAAAUGGGAACCCGAGACGACGAAUACGACUAUUUGUUCAAAGUCGUGCUCAUCGGCGACUCCGGCGUGGGGAAGAGUAACCUGCUGUCGCGGUUCACGAGGAAUGAGUUCAACCUGGAGAGCAAGAGCACCAUCGGGGUGGAGUUCGCCACCCGCAGCAUCCAAGUGGACGGCAAGACGAUAAAGGCUCAGAUUUGGGACACGGCCGGACAGGAACGCUACAGAGCGAUCACCUCGGCGUAUUACCGGGGGGCCGUCGGCGCGCUCCUGGUUUACGACAUCGCCAAGCACCUGACGUACGAGAACAUCGAGCGCUGGCUGAAGGAGCUGAGGGACCACGCCGACAACAACAUCGUCAUCAUGCAGGUCGGGAACAAGAGCGACCUCCGCCACCUCAGGGCCGUGCCCACCGACGAGGCUCGAGCCUUCGCAGAAAAGAACGCUAUCUCAUUUAUUGAAACCUCCGCCUUGGACUCCACUAAUGUAGAAGAAGCCUUUAAGAACAUUCUCACAGAAAUCUACCGCAUUGUGUCUCAGAAGCAAAUAUCGGACCGAUCUGCACACGAUGAGUCUCCGGGCAACAACGUAGUGGACAUAAGCCUCCCCCCGACCACGGACGGCCAGAGGGGCAGCAAACUCCCCUGCUGCCAAAGCCUGUGACGCUCGCGUUUCCUCUUCCUGUUUUGACUUUCUGUCGGUCUGUUCAUCUCUUCACCUCCGGUUUACUUCAGUUGUCAUGCUGCUGUCGGCACGAAGCCCUCGUGGGUUCAAAAGUCUGUGACACCAAGACUCCUCCUGUACUUGACAUUCCUUUUUUUUUUUCUGUUUUACUUCUUUUGUUUUGUUUUUUUUUGUUUUUUUAUCUCCUUUCCUCUUAAUUCUCCAUUCUCAGAAGAACCUGUCUACAAGAAUUUACGGCCUGUGACGGACAGGAGGACAGAGUGCAAAGCUCUCGUGAAGUCGAGCCUCAGUUAACUAGCCUUUAUGGUCCUAUUGAGCUGCUCCUGUUGAAGGAAUGGUGAGGGAUCAGUAGACCCGUGUGUCAGCGCUUCAAGUGGUUUGUUCCCUUCUUUUUGUUGUUGUUUUUUUUUCCUCUCUCACCUCCCAAUGACACAGACUCUUACCAUGAUCAGCUGCUACAGUGGAAAUCCCAUUUUCAUGUCUGGUUGACCCGAUUCUGCCUGUCGCGCAGCGCGGGUGUAGAAGAGAUGAGAAGAAGGUACCACUGGAGUAUUUGAUGUGUCCUCUGCUCUCUCUGGAUUUUCUAUUUGCCUCCUCUUUUUUUUUUUUUUUUUAGUUUCCCUCUUCGAGCCCCGUGCCCACUGUGGUAUGAAAUUAGCAUGAGCCAGGGACCAGACUGGCUGUGACUGGCUAACUUUAUUAUGGGCAAGCGUGACAGAAAUGAAGUGAUUUUUAUUUGUCUGUGCGUGCGUGCGUGUGCGUGUGUGUGUGUGUGUUAGUCGGUCUUGGGCCACGGAGAUACCAAAGACGGAUGCAAUCUUACCGGUUUUUGGUGUUUUCCCAUUUAAACGUGUUCAAGGCUGCUAAAGUUGCAUUUCAUUGCUGUAUUUGGCGAACCAAUCCAUGCUAUUUGCUAAAAGAUCUGUACCGCAAAAUAGCUUAAAUUAAUGUUAGAAAUUGUCUUGUGUGUGUGAUUUAUUUUUGUGUGUGAUUUAAUAGCAUCAGCCUGGAUCAAAUUUGGCUGAGGUCAAAAUCUUUCUUUUUAACAAGCUGUCAGGGGGGGGGGGGAUGAAAAUCUCUUUUGCACUUAUGUCCCAUCAUUUCAGCGGAAUAAAUCACCAUUUAUUAUUUUUUUCUUUCAUUUAAAAAAAAAAAACCAACUAAAACAUAAUUUUGCUGUUGGUUGUAAAGACAAAUAACACUAAAUGUGGUGUAUUUUGUCUAUUUUUUUUUUUUUAAACUGCGUUUUCCUCACAUCCACCCUUUUUUUUCAUCUGAGUGUGACAUCUGGUAAAGGGAAGUGUGUAAUCUGAGAACAUUUAAAUGGAACAUAAACCAAUAUAAAAUACUGUAUGUAACGCUUUCACUCCAAGCGAGCUGGGAAAGUGGAUCUGAAAAACUGAAAUGCAAAUUUGUUUGUGUGCUUGGCUGAAACGCCUCUUAUUCACUCAUCUGGGAGAAAUGCUUUUGUGCGUUAUUGAUUUGAUGCAUUAUGAAACUUCACAUUUCUUCCAACAAAAAAAAAAUAUGUAAAGGACAGCAAACUUGUUUUUUUUUGUUGUUCAUUUGCAUUACACAGAAAAUACUGAAGCUUAAAUAAACCUAACUCACGUAACCGUA